AUGGCAACUCAGCCCGAAGAAAUAUCGCGACAAUCUUCACCACUAGUCCCUUCUGAAGAUUUGCGACAGUCUGGUUAUGUCUCCUCUACUGAAGGCUCCUCUGCUGGAGACUCCUCUGCUGGAGGGUCCGGCGAAGGCCCGAAAGGACGACGAAGGUCGCUACGGGUGAUAAUUUUAUUAACGGAUGUGGUAGUCCUGGUUUUGAGUCUUGGCCAUCUUACGCUUACUGUUGUGCUCAUGUGUUACAACGGUCGCCCUGUUGACGCGAGCUACGAUAUUCUUCAAUCUGUUCUGACUACUGUACGAAUAAAUGAUAUUGCGGCGUUUUACAACCGACUGUUUCAGCUGACUGCUCAUUCCAGAUCGGACCAAUAUUUCCCAUGGUGUUUGCUUUCAUCGGCAGCCGGUUUUUGUAUCACGCUGCUCGCUACCGACUGGAGAAUGGCGCUUCACUUGGGGCACUUGAACAUUGGGAACAGCACGUUUUAUCUUGAGUCAUCUCACUUGCAACUGAAUUGUGAUUCCGCCACGAGCCACAAACUGCACAACAGCACGCAAUCGUUUUUGGAAGCCGAAACCCCCCUUAUCAAGAUAGAACUAAAUCAUGCUAACAAAAUAGCUCUUGUCAGUGAGGGGAAUCGAACCUUCCCAGUAACGAAAGAUGGAAGGACAUUCGUGAAUGGCUCCUGGUACGGUUUUCAACACGCCCAGUCCCAAUAUACGGAGUGGAAUAUCGCGGUCGAUCGGUUUGUUGACAAGUUCUGGUUCACUGCAUUCGGAACGAGACACUAUACGAACAAAACCAAGUACGAUCUCUACCUCUACCCUAACAUGGGUGUUUUCGAGAACGAAACAGCAAUUGAGGCCGGUCCGACCUAUCUGCUGUUCCAAACAAGACGGAACAUCACAUUUCAAAACUUUGAUCUUGGGAAGGACGAGUUCCGCUAUUUUGAGGUGCAGAAGGCAAAAUGUCUGGUUCUUCAGAAAUACGUGGAAUCCCGCGCCACUUGCUCCCGAGCGACUCAUGAAUCAACAGCCGACUGCAGAGUAGAGUCACAACGCCCAUCGCAGAAGCAGCACCCGUCGGAGAACCUUUCUAUUCUCUCACAUCCAUAUGUGUUUGCGCAUCUUGCAAAAAAUCUCCCCACCACAGUUCAGGCCGGUGGCGCGAGUGACCCGACGCUUUGGAGUAUCUCCGAUCAACCAGAGCCUCUCAUCUUUGAUAGGCCCAUGCUCCCGAACUUCACCAAUAUCUCGGCAUCACAGUUGAGUCGCGGGCUGACCAAGGUAAUCAACUCCUACAUGCUGAUAAGACAUGCAGACAAGAACCUGCUACCACGGCAAUUAAGCGGUGACUUUGAAGGCAGAGGGAGCGGAAAGUAUUGGAGCCUCACGUCAGCUGAGACGACUCAUCUCACUCGGGUAUUCUCUGUGUCCUUGCCGUGGAUGGCUGCUUGUUUUGCUUCGUGUGGUGUUCUGGCUGCGUGUGGAAUCAUGGGAAUCAUUUUGGUACAUCGUGGGAAUAGCCCAGAAAUACUAGGAUUUGUAUCUGCCAUCGUAAGGGACUCCCGAUAUAUCACGAUUCCUACCGAUGUUGAUCAUAUGAAUGGGGAAGAUCUCUCAAGGAUGCUGAAGAGUGAGCGGCUGAGGUAUGGAUACACAAGUUUUGAAAGCAGGGAGGCACCGCAGAUGGGCAUUGGACGGGAAACAGAAAUCACAAAGAUCGAGGGAUCGUGA